AGAGGUGGGCGGUUGCUGUGUGCAUAAAAGCCUUCGGCCGAGGAGCACUAUCAUUGGAAGUUUGAGAGAGACCAACCAAAGUCAGUCAGCCAGUCAGCCAGUCAGCCAGCCAGUCAGCCAGUCAGCCAGUCAGCCAGCCAGCCAGUCAGCCAGUCAGCCAGUCAGCCAGUCAGCCAGUCAGCCAGCCAGUCAGUCAGUCAGCCAGUCAGCCAGCCCACAACUCUUCUACUGGUAUAGUACUACUCCUCUUCCUCCAGCAACCAUGACAGAGAGACAUAUCCCCUUCAGCCUGCUCCGCACCCCCAGCUGGGACCCCUUCCGUGACUGUUACCAGGGCAACCGGCUCUUUGACCAGGCCUUCGGCAUGCCGGCCCUCCCUGAGGAGUUCCCCACCUUCCCUAGCACCCACUGGCCCGGCUACAUGCGCCCAUCUGCCCUUAGCCCUGACAUGUCCACUGCUGGAUUCAUACCCUCCAUGAUGCCCCAGAGCCCUGUGAUGUCCCCCCUGCAUAGUGCCAUGAUGCAGGCUGCCAUGAUGCCCCAGGCCGCGGUGAUGCCCCAGGCUCCCAUGAUGGCUCAGGCUGGGGCAGCAUCGUACGCCCUUGCCCUCUCCCGCCAGCUCAGCUCUGGCAUGUCUGAGAUCAAGCAGACCCAGGAGACCUGGAAGGUCACUCUGGACGUCAACCACUUCUCCCCUGAGGAGCUGGUGAUCAAGACCAAGGAUGGCGUGGUGGAGAUCACUGGCAAGCAUGAGGAGAGGAAGGACGAACAUGGAUUCGUGUCCAGAUGCUUCACCAGGAAAUACACCCUGCCCCCUAUGGCCGACGCUGAGAAGGUGACGUCCACCCUGUCCUCUGAGGGAGUUCUGACCGUGGAGGCUCCUCUGAACAAGCAGGCCAUCAAGGCUGCAGAGAUCUCCAUUCCUGUCAUCAUGGGCAGCAGCAAGACAAAACCUGACGACAUGACGAUGAGGAAGGGAAGUGGCAACGGGUACCACCCUGACGAACAUGACGAUGAGGAAGAAGAGGAGUGAAGAAACUCCACACACACACAAACACACACACAAACACACAAACACACACACACACACACAAACACACACACACACACACA